AUGGCACCUCGUUCCCUUUAUCUGCUCGCUAUUCUUCUGUUCAGCGCGAACCUCUUCUCUGGCGUGGGAUUUGCCGCAGCCGCUGAAGGACCAGAAGACAAGGGUCUUACUAAGGGAGGCAAAGGCGGGAAGGGAACCAAGGUCAGCGACGACGAUACCAAUGGCACUGACCCUGACCCCGACCCCGAACCUGAACCUGAACCUGAACCUGAACCUGAACCUGAACCCGAACCCGAACCUGAACCUGAACCGGAACCUGAACCUGAACCCGAACCUGAACCGGAACCCGAACCCGAACCUGAACCUGAACCUGGUGCUGCAACGCUGAAGUCUGUUGCGCUUCCGUUCGCAAUUGCGGCCGUUGGUCUCGUUGCCGCAUUCUAA